UUUAUAAUGCAAGUAGUUUCUCUCUGUGGUUCCAAUCUCAUUGAGGUCAUGGAUGCACAAGGAGAGAAAUCUUUGGCAUUGUUUCUAGCUAAAUUUCAAAAGAGCAUGUGGAUAAAACAACGGAGCUUUGUUGUUGUUGAUGCAAGUGAAAAGGAGAAGGUUGUUGAAUCUGGCAGCAAAGUGGCAUGCAUUGUUUUGCAAGUUCUGUUUUACAAACAAGUUCGUGCGCUUAAGAAAUCACCAGAAUGGCCAGAAAUCUUCAAAUCCGCAAUUCCAGAUGGAUGCAACGCAAGUCUGCAGGGAGACACUACCUCCCAACAAGAAGAGAAUGAGCUUGACUCAAGUGAUGAUGACGGACUUCCUCCACUAGAAGCCAAUACGAACAGGAUGAAACCAGUUGAUUGGAAAUCGGACACAGAAUCGAAUUCUGAUUCAGAUACAGAUUCAUAA